CCCCACAAUCCAGCAGUGUGUUGUCACUAUGAGACCUGCAGCUAAAAUUUAAUCUUUCUAGAGACAGUCUGUUACAGAACUUGGCUGUUAGAAUAGAGUAUUUCAAUCUGACUAUUAAGAAAUAAGUGUUCCUAUCAGUAGGCUUUAAAGUCACUUCUUUCCACACAGUUCAACCUGUUCCUCGCUGGAAUCCUAUUACGCUUUUCCAAUAAGGUGUUAAGACAACAACUCCAGCUUACUAUUUAUGGAGGCAGUGACUUAAAAUAUACUGUGAACAAAGUUUUUGCUUGAGAAAUACACAUUCGCUCAGCAAAACAAAAACCACUUUUAAGGGUUGCUCUUGGUGGAAAUCGCUCUAUGCCCCAUUACCCGCUUGAGUGAAACCAGACUAAGAACUUCUGUCAUGGCAGCUUUUCUGCUGGGAGCUGUGUUGCUUAUUGUUCAACCUCAGAUAGUGCCUUCCAGACCAGCUAUAAAUUCAAAUGCUGAGACUUCUCAGUCUGUUCAGAGAGAGCUUUUAAAGAAAACAUCUCAGAAAAAUGACUUCAAGGAAAACAUUCAUUCUAAUGGAUCAUGUCAGCAGCUGCCACAGACUAUUAUUAUUGGAGUGAGAAAAGGUGGAACAAGAGCUUUGUUAGAGAUGUUGAGUCUCCAUCCAGAUAUUGCAGCAGCAGAAAGUGAAGUUCACUUCUUUGACUGGGAAGAUCAUUACAGGAAUGGAUUGCAGUGGUAUAUUAAUCAAAUGCCAUUCUCGUAUCCCCAUCAGAUCACCGUGGAAAAAACUCCAGCAUAUUUCACAUCACCUAAAGUGCCUGAAAGAGUUUAUAACAUGAACCAAUCAAUGAGACUACUCCUUAUUUUAAGAGACCCAAGCGAGAGAGUACUGUCAGAUUACACCCAAGUGUUCUACAACCACAUGCAGAAGCACAAGCCGUACCCAUCCAUUGAACAAUUCCUGAUUAAAAAUGGUGAACUCAAUGUGGACUACAAGGCAAUAAACAGAAGCCUAUACUACAUUCACAUGCAGAACUGGUUGAAGUAUUUUCCUCUUGAUCAUAUCCACAUUGUAGAUGGGGAUAAACUAAUCAAAGAUCCCUUUCCAGAAAUAGAAAAGGUAGAGAGAUUUCUGAAGUUAUCACCACAGAUAAAUGCUUCAAACUUUUAUUUCAAUAAAACUAAGGGAUUCUACUGCCUGAGGGACAGUGGUAGAGAGCGCUGUUUACAUGAGUCCAAAGGACGAGCGCACCCACAAGUAGAUACCCGAUUACUCGAGAAACUGCAGGAAUAUUUCCAUGAACCCAACAAGAAGUUUUUUGAGCUUGUGGGCAGAACAUUUGACUGGCACACAUUUGUGGCAAGUUAGUGGUAAGCUUCAGAACCUAUGUUCCAGUGUACAGUUAGAAGAUUUUAAAAGGGCAUUUAAGCUAUUAUUUAUUUGUAAAAUCCAUAAAUACUUCUGUACAGUAUUAGAUUCACAAUUGCCAUAUAUACUAGUUAUAUUUUUCUACUGGUUAAAUUUGAAAGCAUUUUGUAUUGUUUUUCAUGGUUGUUAACAUUGUGUAUGAUGUGUCUAUAUGAAGAAACUAAAUUAUUUCAUUGCAGAAGGUGCUCUCUUGAGAAUGUGUUGUCUUUUUAAUAAAUAAGAAAUUAAUUUCAACAGAACAUUUCUGAAUUAUUUGAAUACUUUGGCCUUCCUGGACUAUUUUCUCUAAUUGCUAAUGAAUAUGCUAAACUUUACCUUUCCAUUUUUCUUAGUUUAAAGUGUGGAUUAAUAAUUUCCAUUUGAAAAUAUCAUUGUAGUUAACAAAUUGUUCAAUCCUGCUUUAUGAAAUUAUUUCCUGUCAAAGUGGUGGUACUUAGACAUGUUGGGAAAUGCACACCCAAAGGACAAUGGAAGUCUCUGUGUGAUUUGAUAUAUUAACUGCUGUACUUAACCUUCAUGUUCACUGUUAUAACAAGUGCUCCUCAAUUCUUUGGCAGUACAGUGCAGGUUUCACAGCAGAUUUUUAAAGAUUCUGCGGGGACCAGCUCAUAAAAUACAGUUAGCUGUAGAAAUAUGGUCAACCUGAAAACUUCUUACAUUCUCUGAAUGUAUGCAUACUUCAAUAAAGAGGUAUGGUUGAGAGAAUUUAAGCAAUAUAGAGACUUUUUCAAGGCUGCUUUUGACUGUUCCUACAUUUCAUAGCACAUUUAUGCUUUGCCAUCACUGAAAAUAAGCAGUUACACCAGAAAAAUUAGUUGGUCUACAUUCCAGUAAGCAGCAACUUCAUUCAUAUAAAUAUUACAUUUGUCCCCUACUUACUACUGUUUUCUAUGGGUUUUCAGUUGCUUCAUGAAACUGAAAAUUGCUUAUGGAUUACUAUUUGUUUAAUCUCCUUCCAAGAACCAUGAUGCCAGGUCGUUAUUAGAUGUGUGUUGUGGGAUUAACCCAAAUUCCAGGAAUUUUCCUUGUUUUCCAUCUGCUAAAAAUGAAAGUUAGGUGUUAGUACAUUGGUAAAAACUGUGCUUGCCCUUAUCUACAAUGGUUACACUGUCUUGUUAACCAUCAGUCUCUGGAGUUAGGGUUAAUCCAAUUUCCAAACAAGGCUUCUUACAGUACUUUCAAUCCAAGCCCUACUGAUUCUCAUUUCGUCAUCUUUAGUUGUUGAAUGUGCAAUGGCAACACCCAGUAAAUUUGAAUUUGAUUGUUACAAUCCUUUAUAAAAUUUAAAUGUAGAUUCAUUAAUUUUUUUCUGGUGAGCUAGUGCAAACUUGGGCACUAUGACAAGGUACCGUCUGGAUGCAAAUAUCCCAUGUUAUGCCUCUUGCAUGAAAAUUUGCAGAUGCUCUCCCUCUCUCUCCCACUCCUUGUGCACCUGCCCAAGCUGUAUUCAACCUCAGAGAGGUUGGUGGUGUUUUAUAAAGCCUACAAUGAAAUGGUAUUGUACUCAAUAAAAUAUUUUCUGAAAUGCA